CAGCAGCCAUAAGGCGGAAACAAAAAAAAAAAACCCAACUUGCCUUAUGCUCUUCUUACUCUUCAUUUCUUCUUCAUCUUCAUUUUGUUUUACUGACGCUGCAACAUUCUCUUGUAAUCAAAAGCAAAACCCUAAACCACAGAAAGAAAGCAUGUUUUUUUGGGGUAAUUUACUGCCCACAAGCGUUACCUUUGGCAUCCGAUCAGAACCUGCUGCUUAGAAAGGGAAACUGAAGUUGAACGACAAAAAAACUAAGUAUAGAGAGUGAUAAAAAAAAAGAGUCUUUGAAAGUGAACCUUUGAGAGAGAGAGAAAAAAGGAGUUAGAUUUUUAGUUUGGUUCGGUAAUGGCGUUUCGCUCUAUGAUUUGUUGUGGGAAAGGCGUGGAUCGGAAGGAGAAGGGAAAGAAGCAGCCGACAUGGAGGAUUUUUUCAUUAAAAGAAUUGCAUUCAGCUACCAAUAACUUUAAUUAUGAUAACAAGCUCGGAGAAGGGGGAUUUGGCAGUGUCUAUUGGGGUCAGCUAUGGGAUGGAUCACAGAUAGCAGUUAAGAGAUUGAAGGUGUGGAGCAACAAAGCAGAAGUGGAAUUUUCUGUUGAGGUGGAGAUAUUGGCAAGAGUUCGACACAAGAAUCUACUGAGUUUACGAGGCUACUGUGCUGAAGGGCAAGAACGUCUGAUUGUAUAUGACUACAUGCCCAACUUGAGUUUGCUUUCACAUCUUCAUGGGCAGCAUUCAGCGGAAUGCCUUCUUGAUUGGACCAGAAGGAUGAACAUUGCAAUUGGCUCUGCUGAGGGCAUUGCCUAUCUUCACCACCAUUCAACCCCACAUAUAAUUCACAGGGAUAUCAAAGCUAGUAAUGUGUUGCUAGAUUCAGAUUUCCAGCCUCAGGUUGCUGAUUUCGGGUUUGCUAAGUUUAUCCCUGAUGGUGCAACACAUGUGACUACUCGAGUCAAGGGUACCCUUGGUUACCUUGCCCCCGAAUAUGCUAUGUUAGGAAAAGCCUCAGAGAGUUGUGAUGUGUACAGCUUUGGCAUUCUUUUGCUAGAGAUUGCUAGUGGCAGGAAGCCUCUUGAGAAACUGAAUGCAACAUCAAAACGCUCGAUUGCUGAAUGGGCUCUGCCACUAGCUUGUGAGGGGAAGAUCAGUGAAGUGGCAGAUCCAAGGCUGAAUGGGAAGUAUGUGGAAGAUGACUUGAAAAGGGUUGUCCUUGUUGCACUUGUAUGUGCUGAUAAUCGGCCUGAGAAGAGACCUACCAUGCUUGAAGUUCUUGAGCUGCUCAAGGGAGAGUCCAAAGAAAAAUUAACUCAACUAGAACAUAAUGAACUGUUCAAGAACCCGCAGUCUGCUGUUUGCAAUGAUGGGACAUCGGCUGCUGAAGAGAGUUCGGACGUAAUUAAGGAAGAGGAUGAUCCAAAACCGGUGAAGGAGACUGAGCACGAAAAUGCUCAAGAUGGCUAACGCCUUGAACAAAUUGAAGUGAUAGAUGUGAAAUUUGUAUCUUCGAUAUUUUGGUUAUUAUUUUUUUUUCUUUUCUGUUCAUUAAGAGGUGGCACUGGCACCGGCCGUCCAUUAUUAGAAUUGCCAGCAAUAUCGGCCACGUUGUAAUAUGGAAGCAUGUUUUUAUGAGUGAUAUAGGGGAUAUGUUUGGGCCAACUUUUCCGUUGUUCUUGUUUUCACAUGAAUGGUGCCAGCUGGGUGUUACAUCUCUGGUCUCAAUCAGAUAACUGUUGCAUUUACAGACAUUUUGAGUCUUAGUUUGCUGCUUGUGAGAUGGGCAUU